AUGAGGCGUGUUGCUUCUCCCGUCUGUCCAGAGGCUAUCGGUGAUGGCGCGACUCAGCUGCCUCAAAACGACGUAGUCGAAAUCGUCGGCAUCCCUUCACGCCGGGGUUCCACAUCUUGCAACCUGGCGCCAAUUCUUUCACGGGGAGGCAGCCACAGCAGCACGAAGGAAGGUGUCGAGCGGGAACGGACGAGUCCAAGUCAGGAGGAGAGCGCGUGCCAAGAGCAGCCAGAGGCAGCAGAGGCUGAGGGCGUGGGUGGCGAGUGCGGCGAUGGAGGCGGUGUCGACCUCGAAACUGAAAACCGCGACCGGGGGGAAGAGCAGAAGCCGGGGCCCUCACCCGACGCGGCCGACCCCCUGAAAUCGCUUCUUUGCAUGUCCGUGGAGAACACACCUUCAAACACUGAGAAGGCUGCUGCUGAAUUGGUGCCUCCCACACCCCAGCAGCAACAUCCCUUGAGUUCAGCACCAAGCCGAUCCGAAGUGAAAUGCAUCGGUGCCGGGGGUUCCCUACCGCAGGUCGUGGAGAGCGCUGCAGCGACGCAAAGGAGCGCCUGUUCUGGCGCCGAUUCCCAGCGCCAAGGCGCCAAUCAAUGUGCUUCAGCAGAAGCCUGUGGCCCCCAGCCGGCGUUAAACCUGUUAACGGCGCGCGGCGGCAUUUCGGAAGCCGGGUCAGUACAGAAUACCAUUAGAGAUUCAAGCGAACCUAGUUCCGAAGCGCCGGAAGGGGCAAUCUGGGUGGCUGCAGAGCUCGAAAGACUAGAUAACGAGUAUGAGCAGAUGUCAGUUGAAGCCGACAGCCUGCGUGACGAAUUGAAACGUGUGAAAGAAGAAAACAGUCGAGUGGAAAAGAAGCUGGCCAUGAAAUUCUCAACCACAGGCGACUUCCCGGUAUAUAGAGCGCAGACUGGGGAUCCACGGCUGACAACUGCGCAGUAUUUUGCCACUCUUCGUGCCCUGGAAGCUACCGAAGAGGAGAAGAAACUCACCGCCGAGUUAGCUGCGAAGAAAGCCGAUCAGGAGAACAGGCUUCUCAAGACACAUGGCGAGAAAGUUGAAGAAUGCAGAGCGGCGUUCAGGUCUUUUCUGCGGAAGGUCGCCAAGAAUUCGCAGAUGGCGCGCAGUGGGAAACCGAUUCCGGAAGCCAUCCUCGGGCAACUCAUGCGGUUGGAAGAAGAGAAGACCUCAACGCUACAGGAGGCGAGAGUCGAGUGUGCCAAGCUCAAACACCAGCUGGAUUUGCUUCACAAGCUGGUUUCAGAAAACGACAUGCAAGAACAGUUCCAUGUCAUGGACUUUGAGCAACUGAAGAUCGAAAACCAGGCUCUCAACGAAAAAAUCGUGGAGCGGAACGAAGAAAUUAAGAAACUCAGGUCCAUAAUAGUGUCCUCUGUUCAGUUUAUCACCCACUGGAAGGAGAAAAUUCACUUUCUGGAUCACGAGAAUGCCCGGUCGACGGAGGAACUCGCGCACUUAGAUGCCGAACUGGCAAACCAGCGGCAUCUCAUCACGAAAUCCAAACGGGAGCGCGACGAGUACCGCGCCGAGAACGGCAAGCUACGGCAGCAGACGGAUAUAAUUAAUUCUGAUAUCCUGGCGCUCGACUGGGAAACCCGCCAGCAACGCAAGCAGGAGCUCAAACUAGAGGUAGCCUAUACUUUCGUUUCUCAUAUUCCAUUCCGCCACAUGUGUGUGCAGAACUCUGCAGUCCUAUGA